UGGCUUCCCUUUCUUCAAAUAUUGACAUCGAUCGAUCGAUGUCACCACUAAGAUAUGGAGUUUUUUCUAGUUUUGUAAAACAAUAUUUAGCGCACAAUAAUUCAAAAUAUAAAAGACAGUAAUGUUUUUCAUUAGAUUCAAAAGUGCAUAAUGCAUUUACGAUGAAUAGUUCAUAUCUUCCAAAAAACGAGCUCAGUUUGGAAGCUCAGCUCACAGCUGCAGUGAUUACAGCAGAUGCGCUGCAUUGCCAGUCAGUGGAACAGGAUGGAACUGCGUUAACAGAACCGCCUCACACGUCUGAUUCCAGUGUUAGUGAUUCUCCUACGAUCGUCUACCUGGACAGGGUUUGUCGAACAUGUUUGGUGGAAAAGGAGAAAGACCAGCUGAAAGAUUUGUUCGAGUUUGGUCUAGCGGAAACAGUGAUGGAGUGCGUGAGUGUCACGAUCGAAGAAGCAGAUGGACUACCAUGCCACAUCUGCGUGAAUUGUUUGCAGGAAGUGGAACGUAUUUGUAACUUUCGACAGCAAUGCGAACGUUCUGAUGCUUCCAUUCGAAAUUUGAUCGAAAAAUCGGUAGUUAUCACACAAGAUAGUGCAACAAAGUAUGAGGUUUUGAACGUAGUAUUAACUGACUCCGAUGGCAAUACAGAGACCUCUGCAGUUGUCGUUCCAAUUGAAGAACUACGCUUUCAAUUGAUGAACGGGGGUAGCACCAUUACCACAGCCAUUCCGGAAUCUAUGAAUAUGCCAAUUGAAGGUAUAAACAAGACUGUGCAAUUUGCAGCUCUCGAAGAAUUACACCAAACUAAUGGAAUCGGCAGCGCAACCCCAGAAACGAAUCUUCAUAUAAACUUUUCAGUACCAACUAUGUUGGUGGAGGAGGAGUGUAUCGAGGAAGCUUCAGCUAUUAUGAAUCCCAGUGAAUUGUUGAAUGACCAAACUGUUGAACCGGAGUCAUUGCAACAAGAAGAAUCCGAAGUGCUAGAAAAUUUGAAAAAAGAACUCUCCGAAUUUAUCGGAAACAUACCAAAAGAACCGGAUUUGGACGAUAACGAUGACGACGAGAUGAUUCAUGUGGACUAUUUAAAGGAUGCUUUGACUGAAGAAUAUAUUCAAAGUAUGGAGAAGCAGUUGGCUUCAUCCGUAACUCGGUCCGAUGAUCCUAUACAAGAACGCUUAGAGCAAGAAAAUAUGGCAAGUUUAAUCAACGAUGAGGAUCGAAUUUUAGCAGGCGAUCGAAAUCUACAACAAUGUUUGGCUGACAGUGAAUUCGUCGACCGGGAAUCAAACGGAGAAUCUUCUCUUAGUGCUAGCGAGUUCAGCAAACGCCGAUGCAAAAUAUGCGAUAUGGAUUUCGAAAGCAAUCGGCACUACCAUAACCAUAUGAAAAGACAUUCCGAGAAACGCUUCGAGUGUCCUCAUUGCCCACGCAAAUAUUCUGAAAAGUUUGUGCUAAAGAACCACAUGCUUCGACACACUGGAGAGAAAAUGCACGCAUGUGACAAGUGCGAUGCUCGGUUCUACCAGAAAAACAUGCUGAACGUUCACAAGCGUCGCCACUCGAACGAACGCAGGUAUAACUGCGACUCGUGCGAAAAGCGCUUCAAGUCCAAAAGUUUGUUAAACACGCACAACAAGAUUCAUCUAGGCGAGAAGUCGCAUGUUUGUCAGGUGUGUGGCAAAGGAUUCACGCUCUCAUGGCAGUUGAAAGCACACACCCGUAUUCAUACAAAUGAAAAACCAUACGAGUGUCAGUACUGUCAGAAAAGGUUCAACCAAAAGGGUAAUCUUAUGAUCCACGUUCGCAUUCAUACGGGAGAAAGACCGUUUCAGUGUGCACUAUGUGAAAAAGCGUAUCCUAGCCAAGGAGAGUUGAGCGGACACAUGCGGCAACACACAGGAGAGAAAAAGGCAAAAAAUAUAGUGUGUACAGUCUGUCAAAAGGCCUUUGCCGGAAAAGGAGAUCUCAAAAUUCACAUGCGUACGCAUACGAAAGAAAAACCGUACUCGUGUCAGGUGUGUGGUAAAAGUUUUAUGCUUCAUGUUCAUUUAACAGUACAUAUGAGAUCGCAUACUGGAGAAAAACCUUUUACUUGUACCAUGUGUCAGAAAGCCUUUGCAACCAACUAUCAAUUGAAGAAUCACACAUAUGUUCAUACCGGCGAAAAAAACUAUGCCUGUGAUAUAUGCGACCGGCGAUUUAGCAGCUCGGCCAACAAGAACACACAUCAGAAGACGCAUGAUCGAAAAAUUUCUUGACCAAAGCAUAUGUUGGUAGUUUAAGAUAUUUAUUGUCCGAUUGGCAGUAUGGCUAAGAGUGACUUCUAGUUACAAUUACCUGUAAGGCACCUUGUCGUUCUCUUUGCUGGGAAACACACAUCAACUACUUUCUACGUGCUUGUUCUGCCAUAUUCGACCACUUUUUCGUGACUAUUUAGAACUAGAAACUCAUUUGUGCUAAAACAAAUUGCUUUGAAUGAAGUUCAUGUGGUGGAAGUGGUACGUAGUGAUACCUUCUAAAUCAAGCUAUAUGUGUAACAGAAUCAAUAUUUAUUCUAUAUUGUCUGAUCGUGCUGCUGCUGAAUAGUAUUUAAGGUUUACAAAUAUAAUCAAACAAACAGUGCUUAUGAAACUUACCAGUAUACUUAUGAUUAUUGUACACUAUAUUUUAUACGCAUAUGAGUAGUAACAAAGCUUGUGAUUAGGCAAAUUCUUAUGAUUCUCUCCUAAAUAAUAUUAAUAUAAAGUUUAAAUUAUACAA